UAUGGAACAGUCGCAGACGAGACAGCAAUUUGCACGCAGUACCAUAAAUAUUAAAUAUAUAUUAUAUUGAAUUAUAUAUAUAUAUAUUAUUUUAAAUAAAUGCAUUUGAGCUAAUCUACAACAUUCAGCUUUGCCAUGAACGUGUAAAUCUCCGUGUUAAGUAUUCGUUAAUCGGUUUCAAACAGACUCGUUACUGACGCCAUCUUUUAGCGACCCAGUCACAAAUAGCAUUUUCUUAGUCUCUUUUUUUUUUCAUUUUUUUAAUUAUUAUUAUUUUUUUUAAGCUUCUCCAUGAAGCAGCUGUCCGCAGACACUGUGCGGCUGUUGUCCAGCUCACAGGUCAUCACUUCGGUGACGAAUGUAGUUAAAGAACUGCUUGAGAACUCACUGGAUGCUGGGGCUUCAACCAUUGACGUCAAACUGGAGAACCACGGCCUGGAUCGGAUAGAGGUACGUGACAACGGCCACGGAAUCAAAGCUGUGGACGCUCCCGUGAUGGCCGUGCGCCAUUUCACCUCCAAGAUCCACAGCCACGAGGACCUGGAGCGCCUCCAGACGUACGGCUUCAGGGGAGAGGCGCUCGGCUCCGUUUGCGGAGUGGCGGAGGUUUCCAUCACUACCAAGACGGAGGAUGAAGACAUCAGCACCCAGUACACGCUUAACCCCCAAGGGCGCAUCGUAUCUCAGAAGCCAACUCACCAUGGCCAAGGUACAACAGUUAGUGUACUGAAACUUUUCAAGAAUCUUCCCGUGAGGCGACAAUAUUACUCGUCGGCUAAGAGGUGCAAGGACGAGGUGAAGAAAAUCCAGGACCUGCUGGUGGCCUACGCCAUCAUAAAACCCGAUUUGAGACUCACACUGACUCAUAAUAAGGUGGUCGUCUGGCAGAAGGCCAAGGCGGCCGACCACAGGAGCGCCCUCCUUGCUACGUUGGGGUCCAGUGUAGUUGCCAACCUACUCCCAUGUCACCAUCGCCAAGAGCAAGCCGAGAUUUUUCUAGAGGGUUUUUUCCCAAAGCCAGGAGCAGAUUCCGCUUCAACCAGUACUUCUGUUCCAGACAAAACAUUCAUAUUUGUCAACAAUCGGCCCGUCCACCUGAAAGACAUCAUUAAGUUACUUCGUCAACACUAUACUGCGCAGUAUGGGGAUGAGUCCACGCAAAACCGCUACCCCAUCCUAAUGCUUAAAAUUACCGUUUCACCGUCUUCGGUGGAUGUCAACCUGACACCUGACAAGAGCCAGGUUCUUCUCCACAACAAGGAAGCCUUGUUUACUGCGUUAGAAGCUCUGCUGGUCUCUCUGUACGGGUAUUGGCCCAAUCGCGAUUCUCCAACAAAACAGCUCGGCCCUGAAACCUUGUUUUCACCAUCCUCAAAGACUGGCACCGUGCAACCAGAUGACGAGAUCAGUGCAAUAAAGGAUGCUGCAGGAUUUCACACCCUAAAAGAUUUUCUUGAACUAUCCAAUGGCAUAAUGAGCGACAAUCCCCCACCAAGCAGACGGACCUCGAACAGCAGCGCUUCGUCCUCGGCGGCAGAGGACUGGAUUGUCAACCAGAUUCCUGGUGGGCAAGAAUCUAACUUUUCUCUCUGUGGUGAUGAAACUGUACGCUUGCCAAGUGAACUCGAGGACGACAGAGACUCAAACAGACCCCGUAUAUCAGCUGAAGACUGGAGCAAGGGCACGGCUCUGAAGGACCCGGUAUCACUAGAGCCCCUGCAGCCCGUCAAAAUUCAUCAAGUCUCCGCACCCAGUCACUCCGCUGUCGAUGAGAACAAGAAGACUAUCAAUGUCAUCACAGAAAAGCGUACCGCUCUGACCGCCUUUGACCUGAUCAGCAACCGGGCGAUGAGAAUGCCACCGUCACCGGUCGCCCUUUUCGAAAAGGAAGCCCGCGUUGAGGUUCUCAGGGAGAAACCUACUGCCAGCCUACAGGAGAUCAGCAUCGCUGUUAAUGACAGGUGGAAAAAUCUCAUGGAGGAAGACCGUAAGAAGUAUGAGGAGAAGGCCAAAAAACACCUAGAGCAUCAUGACCUCACUUGCGCUGCCAAACUGGCAAACUGCGGAGGUGGCUCGAAAGAGCGGCGCGUGAGCUCUGCGCUAGGCCAGAAGCGCAAGGCCCCGCCGCUCUCCAACCAGCAGCUGCUGGAUGAGCUCUUCUCUGCACACCCCCAGAAGAAGACCAGGAGCCUGACGCCUAAGCCCUCGCAGCCCCUCCCCUGCUGCAUGUCGAGCCUUCGCACACGCCUCCAGCGCCUCUCGUCAGCCCGGAACACUGCGGCACCGCAGGGCCUCCGUCUUAUAAACCCUCUGGCCUCUCAGAGUGUCUGGGUCAUUUUAUGUGGUCAGAGUCUAAUGUUGUUAAACCCCUUUCGGGUAGAGGAGACCUUGUUGUUUAAGAGACUCCUGCAGAAUAAUAUACUUCCAGCAGUCACUCUGCAGAACCCUAUACAUGUAACAGAUAGAUGUUUAGGAGGAAGUGACUCCAUGGAAGCUUUGUGCAACAUGGAGAAACUCAGCCCAGAUCUGAAUGGCAGGAUGUUCAUCUCUGACCCAAGGCUUGUGGCCAAUGGAUUUAAAGUCAGACUCAAGCCAGGUAACGCGUCAGACGAGAGACAUCUGGAAGUGACCGCGCUGGCCGACUGCGUGCCUUUCCUCGGUGUAGAGGACCUCGGGGAGAUCAUGACAGCGGUUCUUCGUAGGAAGGCCAAAACUGUGCAGGAGUGUCGGCCGCUCAAAGUGUCGAACUACCUCCAAAGUGAAGCCGUUCGACUCACCCGACAGAUGCCUGCACAUUUAUCCAGGGAGGACGUGGGGGACAUCCUGAGACGGAUGGAACAGCAACUUGAUCACCUCCUCGAAGGGGAGCAGUGGUGGUGGCCCACGGAGGGCCGUUUAGUGGGGCUUCACCGACCGGGAUGCGGCUUCACGAAUUGGAUGUCCACGAGCGGGCAAUGCCAGCCUGUGGGUCAGCGUUUGCUGGGACGGAGGUCGGUACGAACAUCUUGCCGCUUCUCGCCCAAUCGAUUGCGACACGACGCUCAGACCGGCAUAGCAGCUACACUGUAGCCUUGGGAGGAACUUGGGCACAGUUUUGUCUGCAUCCCUCCCAAUGCAGCCUUUUGGUCACGUGGACCAGUCAGCCAAUCAGUGUAUUUUUUGUGACAUACCCAUACAGUCACAUACGUUACGCGUCCAAUCGGGUGCGUUUAUACUCUUAAUGAGGAAGUAGUCUGGCUGUAGCUGCGUGACUAAGUGGUAAGGCUGCGUAUAGCCGGCCCAAAACUCAACGGCUCAUUAUUUUAUACCAAGACAAGACCACAACAAUAUCGAGGCACUUUAAUUUCGUGAUAUCGCGGUAGCGUGAAUAUUGUUGCAUCCCUAAUAUCAACCUUGACCAACAGUAAGCUAAGGCCCACCACACUCGAGUGUCUGCCCCUAUUGUUAGGACAAUUCUAAGUAAAGUGCAACGUUUGGAUUGAUUUAGUCCAACUAUUCACAAAGAGUGCUGCAAAACAUGCUGGGAAGUAGCAGGGCUUCACAGUUGCUACAAUAACACUAACAUAUUUAGACUAGAUUUAUUAUUUUCCACAUACCAACAUGCAACAUUGUAAUCUUUUUCCCCCCUUGCUUUCGGAGAAUGGAUGGAUGGAUAUUAGAUUAGAAAUUAAAUUCCGCCUUAAUGCGAUGGCAUGGAAGAUGGUCCACUUGGACUCAAUGUCCCCUGCCUCCCCCGGAAUUUUGGGCAAAGUUCUACUGGACGUGGGAGUUGAAACCUCUUCUGACAGGGGACUCUGCCAGACGUUCCCAGCAGACCCUCACAUUACGUUUGGGUCUGCCAGGUUGGAGUGGCAUCUUCCCCCACCACCGCAGCCAACACACCACCAGGUGGUGAUCACUUGACAGCGCCGCCCCUCUCUUAGCCAGGGUAUCCAAGAAAUGCGGCCGCAAGUUCGAUGACACGAUCAUAAAGUCAAUCAUCGAAAUGCGGCCUAGGCUGUCCUGGUGCAGACUACAGACACCCUUA